GCGGUGGCGCCGGCGGCGGCGGCGGCGGAGGUGCUGAGCGGAGCGCGAGGAGGUGGAGCCGCGGGGUGCGGGCUCCGGCGCCUGCGUCUGCCCGGCCAGCCCCGCUCUGCGUUGCGAGAGGCCGGACGGGAGUCGCGGCUGCGCUCCGGAGCGAGCGCGGGGGACAUGGGGCGCGGCGGCCCGCCUGGGCCUCGCAGGCUCCGGAGCCCCGAGGGCUCCCCGCUAGGCCUCCUCAGUGGCCCCUCCUUCUCACCCGGGUCUCGGAUCCCUUAGUGAGCGAGAGCAUCCCCAGCCGCCUACCCGGCCAUGGCCAACGGAGUGAUCCCGCCGCCCGGGGGCGCCUCCCCCCUACCCCAGGUCCGGGUGCCCUUGGAGGAGCCCCCUCUAAGUCCAGAUGUGGAGGAGGAGGACGAUGACUUGGGGAAGACCUUGGCUGUGAGCAGGUUUGGGGACCUCAUCAGCAAGCCCCCGGCCUGGGACCCUGAGAAGCCCAGCCGCAGCUACAGCGAGCGGGACUUUGAGUGUGGGUAGCCUGGGGACCCCUAGUGCGGCCGCCCUCGCCACCAUCACCUUCAUCGCCACCAUCACUGCGCUCACCUCCGGGCUUGGUCACCCAGUGCCAUCCUGUGCCGGACACUGUGCUGGACUCUGUGCUGGGCCACAUGCCGUGUUCAGUCAUCCUGCCUCCCCCACCCAUCGCCUGUCCGCCUGCCAGGGGAGGUGGGCCCCAGACCAGGGGAGAUCUAGGGAGUUGGGCCUGGGCCCUUCCACGGUGACCUUCCCCUCCUCACUCCCUCCUUGUCCCACCUCGGCUCCUCCAAUUCCGCCUUUCCCCUCCUUGCUGUAUCACGUCUCCCCUCCCAGCCCCCUUCAUGACCUUCCCUGUCCAUCCGCCCUCUCCCACUCCACCAGACCUCAUCAAUGACAGGCACAUGGACACAGGUGUUGGGGGGUCAUGGCCCUGGAGGAAGGACUAGGGUGCCCUUGUUUGCAGCCUUGAGCUGGAAGGUGUGUGCCCUCGGGUGGGGAGGGCCCCCGUUUCUGCUGUGGAGGCCUCAACCGGAUCUCCUGCACCUCCAGUUCACCGGCACACAUCCCACCACACCCACCACCCGCUCUCAGCGCGCCUGCCUCCACCCCACAAGCUGCGGCGGCUGCCCCCCACCUCUGCCCGGCACACCAGGAGAAAGAGGAAGAAGGAGAAAACCUCUGCUCCCCCCUCCGAGGGGACCCCUCCCAUCCAGGAGGAGGGGGGAGCUGGAGUGGAUGAGGAAGAGGAAGAAGAGGAGGAAGAGGAAGGAGAAUCUGAGGCAGAACCUGUGGAGCCCCCACCCUCAGGGACCCCACAGAAGGCAAAGCUCCCCCAGCCCCCGGGCCCGGGCCUCCCGACUCGCUGGGGAGAAAAGCCGGCCCUGGAGCCCAUCGGCCAGUUAUGACCUGCGAGAGCGACUGUGCCCAGGCAGUGCCCUGGGCAACCCAGGUGGUCCAGAGCAGCAGGUGCCCACAGAUGAGGCGGAGGCCCAGAUGCUGGGUUCUGCAGACCUGGACGACAUGAAGAGUCACCGACUGGAGGACAACCCUGGUGUGCGGCGACACUUAGUGAAAAAGCCAUCCCGGACACAGGGCGGGAGGGGCAGUCCCAGUGGCCUGGCCCCCAUCCUUCGCAGGAAGAAGAAGAAGAAAAAGCUGGACCGGAGGCCUCAUGAGGUGUUCGUGGAGCUGAAUGAGCUGAUGCUGGACCGCAGCCAGGAGCCCCACUGGCGGGAGACAGCCCGCUGGAUCAAGUUUGAGGAGGAUGUGGAGGAGGAGACAGAGCGCUGGGGGAAGCCCCACGUUGCCUCGCUCUCCUUCCGUAGCCUUCUGGAGCUCAGGAGGACCAUCGCCCAUGGAGCUGCCCUCCUGGACCUGGAGCAAACCACCCUGCCAGGCAUUGCACACCUCGUGGUGGAGACCAUGAUUGUGUCUGACCAGAUCCGGCCGGAGGACAGGGCCAGCGUCCUACGUACCCUGCUACUGAAACACAGCCAUCCCAACGAUGACAAGGACAGUGGCUUCUUUCCCCGAAACCCAUCGAGCUCCAGCAUGAACUCGGUUCUGGGGAAUCAUCACCCAACCCCCAGCCAUGGCCCUGAUGGGGCGGUGCCUACCAUGGCUGAUGACCUGGGGGAGCCAGCUCCACUCUGGCCACAUGACCCUGACGCCAAGGAGAAGCCCCUCCACAUGCCUGGGGGAGACGGUCACCGGGGGAAAAGCCUGAAGCUGCUGGAGAAGAUCCCUGAGGAUGCUGAGGCCACUGUCGUGCUUGUGGGUUGUGUGCCUUUCUUGGAGCAGCCUGCAGCAGCCUUUGUGCGGCUGAAUGAGGCUGUACUCCUGGAGUCUGUGCUUGAGGUCCCUGUCCCGGUCCGCUUCCUCUUCGUGAUGCUGGGGCCCAGCCACACCAGCACUGACUAUCACGAGCUUGGGCGCUCCAUUGCCACCCUUAUGUCUGACAAGCUGUUUCAUGAGGCUGCCUACCAGGCAGACGACCGGCAAGACCUCCUGAGCGCCAUCAGCGAGUUCCUGGAUGGCAGCAUUGUGAUCCCCCCGUCCGAGGUAGAGGGCCGCGACCUGCUACGCUCCGUGGCUGCCUUCCAGCGAGAGCUGCUUAGGAAGCGGCGGGAGCGUGAACAGACCAAAGUUGAGAUGACCACACGGGGUGGCUACACGGCCCCUGGGAAAGAACUGUCUUUGGAGUUGGGGGGCUCCGAGACGACCCCUGAAGAUGACCCCUUGCUGCGGACGGGCUCCGUAUUUGGGGGGCUUGUGCGGGAUGUGAGGCGCCGGUACCCGCACUACCCCAGUGACCUGCGAGAUGCGCUGCACUCCCAGUGUGUGGCCGCUGUGCUCUUCAUCUACUUCGCAGCCCUCAGCCCUGCUAUCACCUUCGGGGGGCUGCUGGGAGAGAAGACCGAGGGGCUGAUGGGCGUGUCGGAGCUGAUCGUGUCCACCGCUGUGCUCGGCGUCCUCUUCUCUCUGCUGGGGGCUCAGCCCCUGCUCGUGGUCGGCUUCUCUGGGCCGCUGCUCGUGUUUGAGGAAGCCUUCUUCAAGUUCUGCCGAGCCCAGGACCUGGAGUACCUCACUGGCCGGGUGUGGGUCGGCCUCUGGCUGGUGGUCUUCGUCCUUGCCCUAGUGGCCGCCGAAGGCAGCUUCCUGGUCCGCUACAUCUCGCCUUUCACGCAGGAGAUCUUUGCCUUCCUCAUCUCACUCAUUUUCAUCUAUGAGACCUUCUACAAGCUCUACAAGGUGUUCACAGAGCACCCACUGCUGCCAUUCUACCCCCCCGAGGGGGCCCUGGAGGGGUCCCUGGAUGCUGGUCUGGAGCCGAAUGGCAGUGCCCUGCCCCCCACCGAGGGCCCACCCAGCCCGAGGAACCAGCCCAAUACGGCACUGCUGUCACUCAUCCUCAUGCUCGGGACCUUCUUCAUCGCCUUCUUCCUGCGCAAGUUCAGGAACAGCCGCUUCCUGGGGGGCAAGGCUCGCCGCAUCAUCGGGGACUUUGGCAUCCCUAUCUCCAUCCUGGUGAUGGUCCUGGUGGAUUACUCCAUCACAGACACCUACACGCAGAAGCUGACUGUGCCCACAGGGCUCUCAGUGACCUCUCCCGAUAAGCGCUCAUGGUUCAUCCCACCCCUGGGCAGUGCCCGUCCUUUCCCGCCCUGGAUGAUGGUGGCAGCCGCUGUCCCCGCCCUCCUCGUCCUCAUCCUGAUCUUCAUGGAGACACAGAUCACGGCGCUUAUCGUCAGCCAGAAGGCGCGGAGGCUGCUCAAGGGCUCUGGUUUCCACCUGGACCUGCUCCUCAUUGGCUCCCUUGGGGGGCUCUGUGGGCUGUUUGGGUUGCCCUGGCUCACGGCUGCCACGGUCCGCUCUGUCACCCAUGUCAAUGCGUUGACAGUGAUGCGUACUGCCAUCGCGCCUGGUGACAAGCCCCAGAUCCAGGAGGUGCGGGAGCAGCGGGUCACUGGUGUGCUCAUCGCCAGCCUCGUGGGCUUGUCCAUCGUCAUGGGGGCUGUGCUGCGUCGGAUCCCGUUGGCUGUGCUCUUUGGGAUCUUCCUGUACAUGGGGGUCACGUCCCUGUCUGGUAUCCAGCUGUCCCAGCGUCUGUUGCUCAUCCUCAUGCCGGCAAAGCACCAUCCUGAGCAGCCCUAUGUGACCAAGGUGAAGACGUGGCGGAUGCACCUGUUCACCUGCAUCCAGCUGGGCUGCAUUGCACUGCUCUGGGUGGUCAAGUCCACGGCGGCCUCACUCGCCUUUCCCUUCCUGCUGCUGCUCACGGUGCCUCUGAGGCAUUGCCUUCUGCCCCGGCUCUUCCAGGACAGGGAGCUGCAGGCGCUGGACUCGGAAGAUGCUGAACCAAACUUCGAUGAGGAUGGCCAGGAUGAGUACAAUGAGCUGCACAUGCCAGUGUGACCCUGGAAGACAGUGUCCCUCAGAGACCCCAAGACCUUAGAGAUUGACACCUGGGCCUCAGGUAGAGCCCAGCCCCGGGCCGGGGGGCUCCUCAGGACCCAGAGAUGUGCCUGGAACCACUCCUGAUGCCAUGGCUAGAGUGGCCCCCAUGACUUCUGCCCGGGGCUUUGACCUUGCCUCACCUUUCACAGACCAGACCGGCACAGGCUUUGAGCUCAUUAUAACCACACUCCUUGUCUCGUG